GAAUUUCUGUACCCAGGGUUCCUUUCUGUGUCUCCACCUCACUAUGCAGUAAGCAAUCAGUCAGUACUAAGGAAGUGGGGGCUGGGAGAUGGUAAAUCAAGAGAAAAAACACACCCGAUAUUUCUGCAGUUACAUCUCCAGCCCUAAGAGAUUCUGUUUUAUAAUUCUUCCGGUUUCUCUUGGGGUUUCAAGUAGUCCAUGAGGGUAAUGAUACUUGGUGGGUUUGAAGUAAAAGUCAGGGGAAACGGGGGCAAGGCUAAAUAAGUAGAUAAAUCUGUGUCUAAUGAGAACACAUUGUAUAAAAACCUGCUAACAGAUGGCUGCUGUAGAGCUGAUAAAAUGACGUACAGCUAGGCAUCCUUGAGGUCUGAUUACAGACGUGAGGCUGGUUCUCCACGCCUAGAUUUUAUUUAAGGACCACACCGGGGCCUUCCCAGUCUUUAGAAAGACUGGCAUGGGGAGAUGCGUUCCCUCUUAGUUCUCCCAAGCCAUGGCACUUCCCAGCAAAUUCCUGUUUGGAUUUUGCUGUUUUGCCUGGCUGUGUUUUCUUCCUAGCCUCAGCUCUCAGGCUUCUAGGGGAGAAGCCCAGACUGGAGCCAGUGCAGCUUUGGAGUCUGAGGCAGAUCCUUGGUCCUUGCUGUUACCUGGAGAUGGGACCGACAGGUCAGACCUCUUGCCUCCCCUCUUUAAGGUCCUGUCUGAUAGGCGAGGUGAGGCCCCUAAGCUGCAGCCCGACUCCAGAGCACUCUACUACAUGAAAAAGCUCUAUAAGACGUAUGCUACCAAAGAAGGGGUUCCUAAACCCAGCAGAAGUCACCUCUACAACACUGUUCGGCUCUUCAGUCCCUGUACCAACCACAAGCAGGCUCCUGGCAACCAGGUGACAGGACCCCUGCCGAUGGUGGACCUGCUGUUUAACCUGGAUCGGGUGACUGCCAUGGAACACUUACUCAAGUCAGUCUUGCUGUACACUCUGAACAACUCGGCUGCUUCCUCCUCCACCGUGACCUGUGUGUGGGACCUUGUGGUAAAGGAGCCCACGUCUUCCGGCAAGGCUCCCCCAAGAGCGCCAUAUUCCUUUACCUUGAAGAAACACAGAUGGAUUGAGAUGGAUGUGACUUCGCUCCUUCAGCCUCUGGUGGCCUCCAGCGAGAGAAGCAUUCACAUGUCUGUCAAUUUUACAUGCACAAAAGGCCAGGCCCCGGGGGACAGUGUGUUUAACAUGCCUCUGUCAGUGCCUCCCUCGCUCAUCUUAUACCUCAACGACACCAGCGCUCAGGCCUACCACUCAUGGUAUUCCCUCCACUCCACCUGGAGGCCUUCACAGCAUCCUGGCCAGGGCAACGUGGCUGCCUAUCCGGGGAAAGAAGAGGCUGCCGAGGUCGAAAGAUCUGCCCGGCACCGUCGAGGCCAGAAAGCUGUCAGCUUAGAAACCAAGAAGCCACAUCUUACGGCAUCCUUCAAUCUCAGCGAAUACUUCAAACAGUUUCUUUUCCCCGAAAACGAGUGUGAACUCCACGACUUCAGACUGAGUUUCAGUCAGCUCAAAUGGGACAACUGGAUCGUGGCUCCACACAGAUACAACCCUAGGUACUGUAAAGGGGACUGUCCCAGGGCGGUCAGGCAUCGGUACGGCUCUCCUGUACACACCCUGGUCCAGAAUAUCAUCUAUGAGAAGCUGGACCCCUCAGUGCCAAGGCCUUCAUGUGUGCCUGGCAAAUACAGCCCCUUGAGCGUGUUGACCAUUGAACCCGACGGCUCCAUUGCUUACAAAGAGUACGAAGAUAUGAUAGCUACAAGGUGUACCUGUCGUUAGCUCGGGCCCUCUACACCAGCACCUUGAACCUGUCUGGCAGAGCCAACCCUGGGGGCUUUAGCAUGCCUGGGCAGAGAGCUUCAUGUGACCAAUUGCUCCAUGGCACUCAGUGCACGUUGUGUGAGGGGGAGUGUGUGUGGGAUGAGCAUGUUGUGUGUAGCAUUUCUGGGUGUAAAGGACACACACUGGUUGUUGCCACAAGCCAAGUGAAAUGUUUGUUUGGAGACCUCCCUUUUUCUUCUCUUCCCAUGAGUGUUUUUGAUGGACAAACUGAUUAGCAUAAGUCUUGAGUGGAACUGCAGUUGUGAACACUUUAGAGUGUGUGGUUUUAUGUGAC